GUCUUUAAUAGACCCGAAUUUAACCUUUUUUUUUAUUUCUUCAAAACAAAAAAAAAAGAAAUAUAGCUGUAUGUAAGAUAGUCUUGCAAAUACAUGUAUUUUCCCAAAUGCAAUUAUAUAAAAGGUAGCAUAUUUUUUAAUACAAAAUGAGUUCUCAUGCGAUAUCGCGGGGAUUAUUUACCUAGUAUAACUAAUAACAAAAGAUUGUCGUCUAAAAUUGAACUUAUAACUAAAUUAGAUAGAAAAUGACUAAUUUUACCAUUAAUCAGGCAAACAUUUGAUUGGAUAAUAUUUUUCCAAAGGGCUCUAAAAAAAAGUUGACGGAAUGUAAAAAUGGGCUUACAUUUACCACAGUAACUCAGCCCAGACUAUUCUCUAAGAUUUUAGCAUCGAUUGAUUAUUAAGGUAAAUUAAUAAAGAGCAAAUCAAUUCCUCUCUCCAGAUUCAAGAUUAUGUUUUAUUUAUUUUUUCCAGAUUCCGAUAAUUCCACUCUCUAGAUCCUCCUCCAUAUAAGAUGCGGAAGAAGCUUGAGAUGAAGAGUAGAAUCAUUCCUCAGCCAUAGGGAGAGAAGAGACAAGAACAACAAUCAAGACAUCUCGUGUAAUAAUUACACACAGAUUGAGACAAUGGAGAGAAAGCCCUUUGAGGUUGAGACGACGGAGGAUCACAAACCCUACUCCGAUGGAGGUGGUUCUGAUUUAACGUCGACGGUUGAUUCAUCUGGCGACGAGCAGAAAAAGCUCGUUUAUAGAGGCUGGAAAGUCAUGCCUUAUAUCAUUGGUAAUGAGACAUUUGAGAAGAUUGGGAUCAUAGGGACAUUAUCAAACCUUCUAGUGUACCUAACUCAAGUAUUCAACCUUAAGAAAUACACAGCUGCAACUAUUAUCAAUGCCUUUAGUGGCACUAUCAACUUCGGCACUUUCUUCGCUGCUUUUCUGUGUGACACUUACUUUGGCCGCUACAAGACUCUCAGUGUGGCUGUCAUCGCUUGUUUUCUGGGAUCGGUUUUUAUACUAAUGACGGCUGCAGUUCCGGGAUUGCACCCGACUCCUUGUGGAACUAAAAGUUCGUGCCAAGGGCCAAAUGGGGGGCAGGUUUUGUUUCUGCUGUUGGGUUUAGCGCUUCUCGUAGUCGGUGCUGGUGGUAUCAGGCCGUGUAAUUUGGCCUUUGGAGCUGAUCAGUUCAACCCCAAGUCAGAAUCUGGAAAGAAAGGAAUCAACAGUUUCUUCAACUGGUACUUCUUCACUUUCACGUUUGCGCAGAUCAUCUCGCUCACGCUAGUUGUGUAUAUCCAGUCAAACGUGAGCUGGACCAUUGGUUUGAGUAUCCCUGUGGGUCUAAUGUUCUUGGCCUGCGUCAUUUACUUUGCUGGCCAUAAUCUCUACGUAAAAGUGAAAGCCUCGGGUAGUCCCUUGGCUGGCAUCGCUCGUGUUAUAGCUGCAGCGAUCAAGAAACGAGGGUUGAAGCCUGUUAAGAAGCCUUGCUCCGAUCUUUACAAUCACAUCCCGCCUAACUAUGCAAACUCUACACUCAAAUACUCCGACCAGUUUAGAUUUCUCGACAAAGCAGCAGUCACGACCCCUGAUGACAAGUUGAAACCCGAUGGAACGGCUUCAGAUCCAUGGAAUCUAUGUACGAUGCAGCAGGUGGAAGAAGUGAAAUGCAUUGUAAGAGUGAUUCCAAUCUGGUUUGCUUGCGCGGUUUACUACCUCGCAAUAACAUUGCAAAUGACUUAUCCGGUCUUCCAAGCGCUCCAGAGCGACCGGAGAUUGGGUUCAGGUGGCUUCAAGAUUCCAGGCGGCACCUAUGUAGUGUUCUUGAUGUCCGGUAUGACGGUUUUCAUCAUAUUCUACGACCGUGUCCUUGUCCCGUCGCUCAGAAGAGUGACAGGGCUAGACAAUGGUAUAACUCUCUUACAAAGAAUCGGAUCAGGCAUUUUCUUUGCGCUUUUGAGUAUGUUGAUUUCUGGGUUCGUUGAGGAACGGCGAAGAGCCAUUGCACUGACAAAACCUACUCUCGGGAUCGAGCCUCGAGCUGGAGAAAUCUCAUCAAUGUCAGCGAUGUGGCUGAUACCGCAGCUCGUGCUUGCAGGGAUAGCUGAAGCUUUUGCAGCUGUUGGACAAAUGGAGUUUUACUACAAGCAGUUUCCUGAAAACAUGAAGAGCUUUGCGGGUUCUAUCUUCUAUGUCGGUGCAGGAGUUUCUAGCUACCUCGCUAGCUUCUUGAUCUCGACUGUUCAUAAAACAACUGAGCAUUCACGCUCCGGGAAUUGGCUAGCUGAGGAUCUGAACAAAGGGAAGCUGGAUUACUUUUAUUUCAUGAUCACUGGCCUCAUGUUUGUCAACAUGGGUUACUUCUUGUUAAUGGCUAAAUUUUAUAGAUACAAAGUCACUAACGAUGAAGCAAAUUCUGUGAUUAAGACCAAUGAAGAAGAGACCAAGGAGAAUCAGCAACAAGACAAGAGCUAUGUCUGAUCUUGAGACUUUAAUUCUAUUUUUUCUUCUACUCUAGUCUCCCUCUUUGUUGUUGUACCUGAUAGAUAUAAGAUAAACCACUUCAUCUUUCUAAACAUGUAUUGUACAAGAAGCUUUUUGUUGAUCGUAUCAUACAGUGUAGGAAGAUUCUCUUUCGUCC